UUGGAGUUGCUUGAUGUCAGUCAAGAGCAGCUUUGCCUCCACCUCUGCUGCUUCUCUUCUCUGCUGCACUUGACGACCAUAUCGGCCGUCAGGGAACGAAAAUGCCAAAGGGAUGAAGGGAUCUACGGCCUUGUAUAUAUACACAAUAUAAAACGUCUACUAUUUCGUCGACGUGCAGUUUGCUUCUCGAUUAUCGUAGAAAUAUGAGCUCAAACGUCUCCUGUCGGUGUGUUUUAUCCACAGUUGUCUCGAGCCUCGGGAAAAUGUACCCGGCUGUUCCUCAUCGCAAUUUUUUCUCGAACAAAAGAAGACAUCCGAAAAAACACUAAAAGAGCACGACAGAAGGAUCGGUGCCCCCAACUAAUGGAGAAGGUUGGAAAGGUGUGGAGCAACCUGAAGAGGGGAUGUCAAUCACUUAUCCACCCAGAGGGGGGUGCCCGUAUUGAAACGCCGCCAGAGCUUCAACAACAUGUAGACACGGUAUGCCACAUUGUGGCAAAGGCUCAGGAAGAUGGCACUCAGGAGGCACCUAGUCCCUCCAACAGUGUCGCAGCACUCUCUCUAGUGGCAUGGAGGUCAAGUGGGAGUGUGGUGCGACGGGGUCAUAAUUGUGUCGUGGAUGUGUCCCAGAUAUUAGACAUCACAAUUGAGCAGGAGACUGAAGAUACUCGUGCCCCCCUGGGAUCCCGCAGGGACUCUUAUUCACGUCAUGCACCUUGGAAUGGAAAGAAGAGACACUCAUGCUCCAAUAAUGCGCAGAGUUCACUAGAGACCACAGAUCGUCUAUCGGGCCGGUCUCGGCGCAGGCAUGGGACUGGUAGCAGCCGAGAGGAGCUCGAGCCGGGGGCAACACGCUCACUACGCCAGCAGAUCCAUGAUACAGUAGGCCUGUGCCUUCCAUUGCGCUCAUCCCCUCGAAGCACCUACCUUCCACCACCAAAACGUAAGAUCCAAAUCACAGAGCUCAUGCUGGAGACAUGCCCCUUCGCACCAGGAUCAGAUCUUGCCCGGAAAUGGCAUCUUAUUAAACAGCACACAGCACCAGUCACAGUGAUGCCAGUGGAUUCAUUCUCUGAUGCCUGUGGUGCUGCCUGUGCAACACCAGAAGAUGAGGAGGAACGCUUGCGAGAAAGAAGGCGGCUCAGCAUUGAGGAGGGUGUGGACCCACCCCCAGAUGCCCAGAUCCACACCGUGGAGGCCAUCACUGCCCCUCUAACUUCUCUUUAUAAGCUGGGACCUAAACUGACCCCUGGAAUGAAUGAGGCCCUAAGCAAUAGCUCGGGGGCAACAGCAGUUAACUGUGACUCUGAGGACGAUGAAACCACCACUCUCUGCUUACAAGCUCGCAGGCCCAAACAGCGGCAUGCUUCAGCAGAGAGUCAUCUUGGCAGCAAGCAGCCAGGGCCCUGGAAAGUCCACACCCAGAUUGACUACAUCCACUGCCUGGUUCCGGAUCUCCAACAGAUCACGGCACUGCCCUGCUACUGGGGUGUGAUGGACCGUUAUGAGGCUGAAGCGCUACUGGAUGGUCGGCCCGAGGGCACCUUUCUGCUUCGCGACUCGGCUCAAGAAGACUACCUGUUCUCCGUUAGCUUCCGCCGCUAUGGCCGUUCGCUCCAUGCACGCAUCGAGCAGUGGAAUCACAACUUUAGCUUUGACGCACAUGACCCCUGCGUGUUCCAUGCAGCCACCGUCACAGCACUAUUGGAGCACUACAAGGACCCUAGCGCUUGCAUGUUCUUUGAGCCGCUGCUGACCGUGCCUCUGCACCGGACCUUCCCUUUCGGCCUACAAACCCUGGCCCGAGCCGCCAUUUGCCAUGGGAUUACCUACGAUGGCAUCAGGGCACUGUCACUGCCCCCUGCUCUGCAGGACUACCUCAGGGAGUAUCAUUAUAAGCAGAGGGUGAGAGUACGCUGGCUUGAGAGGGAGCCAAUCAAGGCCAAGUGAGGCAGGGCAGCGUACUUCUAAACUCUUUAACAGAAGUAGGCCAUUCAGCACUUUGCAGAGGUGGAGGAAUUAAGAGUUGAUUUGGAGGGAAGGGUUUUGAUGUUUGGGGAUGAAGCUAUGUAAGGAGGGACCUGAAACUGAACACAAUAUAUAAGCUUCUAUAAUUUUUUUUAUCACUCUAACAAAGAAAUGCAUAUACAGUUAAAAAUGGCUCUCCAGUGUGCACAUUUCACUACAGCUUCUGGACUAGGCUGAAUCAGCAGAGGUCUUAAUGCUAGGGUGUACUUCGUUUUUCUGCUUGUAAUUACAUCUUGCACACGGUUGAGUGCUCUAGCCUUUCAAAGUAUACUCUUUUGACCGCAACUGUAUGGACACGUUCAACGCACGCGCACUACGACUGCUUUGUGAUAAUCUUUAGGACAGUCAACACCAGGGGCAUGUUCAGACGACACGCACAGACUGUCCGCACGUCUAGAAAAACUUGCCUACAUGUGCACAUUACAAGCGUGCUGUUGACGAAAUUUGUUUUACGCGCACUGUGCGAGAUGUAGCAGUAUGUGGAAAACUGAAGUAUACUUUAGUCUCACUUUUCCCUUCUCCCUCAGUUCUCAUGGCCUUGCUCAAAAGAAACAAGGGGGCUGCACUUCUACAUUAUAUUUAAUGCCACUUUCAUGCAUUUUUUUCGUUGGUUGGCUGUGUGGUUUAGAGCCAUUUCAUCUUGUUAUUUCUGUUGAGCUACCAAUUCACUUCCCUGUCUGCCCUUAAUUCCCUUGCAUUAAAAUUGCAUUUUUAAUUUUUAAUUAAAAUAAUAUUUGACACAUUUUAAUUGGAGGUGAAAUGGAGGGGGGUGGUUAAAAAUGUCUUUUUUCUAGCUUCUUACAUCAUCCUUAGCUUUCAUGGUGCUCUGUCUUAGGUUACCAUGGUAACAUUCUGUGCUCAUUCCAUGGUUAGAGGAGGAAGCAUUGUAGGGCAGGAAAUAGAAAGUGUUUUGCCCUGCUCAUAAAGAAGGGAGAGAGAUCCAUGAAAUAUGGAUUGACUAGCAAUGGAGAGAAGGGCUCUUUGAUGUUCUGCUUCCUUAACUCUUCCGGGAAGUGAUCAGGAUGACGAUGCACAAUGCGUCAUGUGAUGUAAGAGCGCUUGGUUUUCCAAAAACAGAGUUACUUUGUUUUUGUCUCUAAUUGUUUUGUAAUAAUUAAUUCCUACCACUAAUUGCACGGUGGGGGGGGGGGGGGGACUAAUUCUAUAUCUUUUUGUAUUGUUGUGAAUGGUCUGUCAGUGCCCUGGAAAUUGGGCACUGAUUAAGAGCACUUUACCUUAACUGUGCUUAUGUUAGUGGGAGCAGCAAUAUAAAACCUGCUAAACUGGGACCAUUGUUGAUAGGCAUAAACACUCUCCCUUAUACUGUAGAAAAAACUCUACGCUCACUUUGUCUAAGCCACAUUGCUCUAGAGAGGAUAGAGUAUUUUAUGACCCCAUCAGUGUAAUCGGAAUUGGUCAUUCUGGUUUGUUGUGGCCCGUAGGAUAAUAUUAGUAGUUAAUAAAUGAAUAUUAAAUACAUUAUAUUUACAUUUAUUCAUUUAGCAGACACCUUUAUCCAAAGCGGACUUUUCAAGGUUUACCUAAGAAAGAAAAAAUCACAUAUAGGCCCCUUAGGUCAAGACCAGCUUCUGGAUCAAUUCAGAAUCAGUAAAAACUUACUUUGAGUAAAAUUAAAGAUUUAAUUGUACACUGUGUAUAUUGUUUUUAGACACCUAUGUAACUCUUGUGCUUUUUUUUUCUCCUCUGUUUAGUACCAAAAUCCACACCGUGUAAAAAGACCCAAUCACUUAGUUCACAAAAAAAUGAAAAUUCUUUAAUUUACUCACAGGUCUUUUUGUGUGACCAUUCACUUUGUCAUUGUAUGGAAAAAUAUUUGAAUUCUUCAAAAUAUCUCCUUUUGUGUUCCACAGAAGAAAGUAAUAUGAGUUUGGAAUGACAUGAGGGUAAGUAAUUGACAAAUUUUCAUUUUUGGGUGAACUAUCCCUAUAAGCAGUGCACCUUCAUACAUCUAGAGCUUUUAGUUCAUCUUAUGGUGCAUUAAAUGGACAUGUUACUAACAGUAGUCCUAUUGAAAAAUACAUCAAGUUUUCAUAUUCAAACAACUGUGCCUGCACCAAGAGUCAAUGGCAUCAUGAGAGAAACAUAAAGUCAUCCUCUUCAUGAGCGUGGUGCUGAUGUAUAAUGUAUUUUGAGUACUACUAGUGAUAUGGCUAUUGAUUCCCGAUCCUUUCUGACUUUGUUGUUUUUAUUUGAUGAGACUGAUCAGGUACAACUGCCAAAUACUAACGUUAGGCUAAGCUCAGGCUUACAACACCCAAACAGCAGUGUGUUACAGUAAAACUAUAACCAGCCGUGUGUGUGUUGCAUUGCCCCUGUCCUCCUUUCCAACCUUAAGAGACUUCUGCUGACAUAAAGUUUUGUUUUAUUUGCUUCUCCGAGGCAACACAAUCAACAGAUGAUCCUAAUGCAUUUAAAGAUGUCUUCUUCACUUUGUCCCAUUGAGUCGUCUUUUUUCUUUUUUUUUCUUGCCCAAGAGAGGAUGUCAGGGUCAUGUCUCCCUUAGAUGAAUUCAAAUUCAAGAGAAGGAUCUUUUGUAUUGUCACCACCAUUUUCUGCAUAGUGUGGAUGAAAUUCGUGCAACUUAAAGCUGCUGCUGGGAUGGUGGUAGUGAAGCAGGUUCCAGGUUGACAUGGCAUCAAAAGGAUCUGAUUUUGAAAGGGCCAGCUGUCCUGCUUGCUGCUUUCCUGUAAAAGUUUGUCAUGCUUGGCUUACCUCCAGACAAUAUUUAGUGCACUAACCCAUCAAACUUGAUGUGUACCUAUAAUGGUGAAUUCUCAUGAAACCUGUCAAGGAAAUGACCUGGCCCUAUUUAACUCAAAAAUCAAAAGAAACAUAAGAAAUUAUAUUUUGCAUUUUUUUUUUUUUGUUUUGUUUUUUUUUAAGGGAUAUUAAGAUUUUUUUACAUUUUGGCAUUAUUUUUAUGAUAGCUACAAAUAUCUUGCCCCCAAAUUCGCAUUAUAGCAAUGCAUAAAAAUAUUAUGAUGUUUUUUGUGAUGGCCAUUAUGAUAUUCUCAUUACAGCUAUGAGGAAAAAUGUUGUGCGUGAACAUCCCAGGAGAUCAGCAGUUACAGAAAUACCAGCCCGUCUGGCACCAACAAUCAUGCCAUGGUCGAAAUUGCUGAAAUCAAAUUUUUCCCCAUUCUGAUGGUUGAUGUGAACAUUUAACUGAAGCUCCUGACCAGUAUCUGCAUGAUUUUAUGCAUUGCACUGCUGCCACACGAUUGGCUGAUUAGAUAAUCACAUGAAUAAAUAAGUUUACAGUUGUUCCUAUAAUAAAGAUCUCAGUAAGGAUAUAUAUUUAAAUUGUAAAGUAUUUUUACAUCAUAGUAGUACUCCCUUGGUACUGUUUUCAUUUUCCCAGAUUAAAAUAAUAAUAAUUAAAAAAAAAUUGUACAACUUGUUUUUUUUUUUUUACUGUAAUAUAGUACAAAAUUUGUUUUACUUUUACCAUAAUUAAACAUUAAUAGCAGUGGAAAUAGUACAAGUAAACAAGUAAAAUGCCCGAACGUUUCACAGUAUACGAGACUUGGGAGUUAAAAUAUGCUUAAGUGUCAUGAAAAUAAUGUCUAAAUGCAAAAACAUCUUAAUGGUCCUAAAUGUAGACUUUUCUUAACACACAAUAUUGUGUGUGUACAUGUGUGUGUACACACACCAUAACCAGGAUGUUAGGCUUGUUUGAGAUGCCAAACUCCUGGCCUUGAAAGUAGACUUAAGUAGGUGGCUGCAGUCAGGGGAGGAGUGAAAUAAGUGCUGUCAGGUCAGACAGCUGUCACUUCUAGUAGUGGAUCAGUUACCUAUGAGAUCAAAGGCAGAUAUUGUGUGAUUUGCGUUCAUUUGCUUUGUUUCUGAUAAAGUGAAUCUAAUUUCAAUUCUGUUGUUUUUAAAUGAAAACUAAUAUGAGGAACGGGUCACCCAAUGUACCUGUUAUUCAAUUCACCCCAACAGCCAUGUCAUUUUCAUUUUUUAUUUUAAUAAAUGUGAGGAUUUUAGAAUAAUAAAAAUAAGUUUAGAAAGUUUGGAAUAAAGUACAGAUCGUUUCGGAAGGAAAUUGGUACUUUAAUUCACCAAAGUGGCAUUCAACUGAUCACAAAGUAUAGUCAGGACAUUACUGAUGUAAAAAACAGCACCAUCACUAUUUGAAAAAAGUCAUUUUUGAUCAAAUCUAGACAGGCCCCAUUUCCAGCAGCCAUCACUCCAACACCUUAUCCUUGAGUAAUCAUGCUAAAUUGCUAAUUUGGUACUAGAAUAUCACUUUAUAGCUAUUAUAAUAAACACAGCUGAAAGCUAUUUGAUUUGUUAAAUGAAGCUUAACAUUGUCUUUGUGUUUGUUUUUGAGUUGCUACAGUAUGCAAUAGUGUCAAAGUGCCAAAAAUGGCAAAAUAAAAGAAACCGCUUUCUCUAAAAACUCGUCAGUCAAUCAUUGUUUUGAGGAAUGAAGGCUAUACAAUGCUUGAAAUUGCCAAAAAACUGAAGAUUUCAUACAAAGGUGUACACUACAGUCUUCAAAGACAAAGAACAACUGGCUAUAACAAGGACAGAAAGAGAUGUGGAAGGCCAGAUGUACAACUAAACAAGAGGAUAAGUACAUCAGAGUCUCUAGUUUGAGAAAUAGACGCCUCACAUGUCCUCAGCUGACAGCUUCAUUGAAUUCUACCCACUCAACACCAGUUUCACGUACAACAGUAAAGAGAAGACUCAGGGGUGCAGGCCUUAUGGGAAGAAUUGCAAAGAAAAAGCCCCUUUUGAAACAGAAAAUCAAAAAGAAAAGGUUAGAGUGGGCAAAGAAACACAGACAUUGGACAACAGAUAAUUGGAAAAGAGUGUUAUGGAUCUUAAACCCAUUGAGCUUUUACGGGAUCAGCUAGACUGAAAGGUGCGUGAGAAGUGCCCGACAAGACAGCCACAUCUAUGGCAAGUGCUACAGGAAGUGUGGGGUGAAAUGUCACCUGAGUAUCUGGACAAACUGACAGCUAGAAUGCCAAGGAUCUGCAAAGCUGUCAAUGCUGCAUGUGGAGGAUUUUUUGAUGAGAACUCUUUGAAGUAGAUUCAUUUUUUUCAAAUUGUAAUAGUAAUUGUUCAUGCUAUUAAUGUCCUGACUAUACAUUGUGAUCAGUUCAGUGCCACUUUGGUGAAUAAAAAUACCAAUUUCUAUUUC